AUGAAGCGCGAUUCCGACCGAGCUUCAGACUUGGUGGAGAAACUGACCGGCGAGAGACCGAGGCAUUGCGCGCGCUUAAAGACGCUCUGGGCAGGCUACGGCACAAUCUACUCGGUUACGCUCAAGCGCGGUCCAUCCUUGAUCCUCAAGCAUAUUGACCCACCAGACAUUUCGGGAGAAGAUCACGACGAGUCCGACGCACGCAAGCUCCUGUCGUACGCAGUCGAGGAGCACUUUUACUCGCGCUUGUCCAACACGCUCCCCGCGCAAUGCCCCGUCCCAAAAUACAUCGCCUCUUGCAAAGACGGCGAGAGGGGUUUGGCGCUUCUCAUGCAGAACGUCAAACAGGGCUAUCCAAUCCUGGCCGAAGCUCGCGGCGAGCUGACGGAAGAGCAGACUAUGCAAGCGAUACACUGGCUGGCCCGCUUUCACCAACACUUUGAGGAUUAUCAGGACGCAGAGCCAUGUCCCACACCCGCAGCUGCAUCUCAAUGGUCCGGAGGGGGCGUGUGGAAAAGAGGUGGCUACAGGUGAGCGAGGUUUGUGUUGCGUCCACAGCUCACGUGGGCUACAGGUGAGCGUGUGUUGCGUCCACUGUGCCCAGCUCACGUGGGCUACAGGCGAGCGAGGUCUUUGUUGCGUCCGCUUACGUGAGAUUGACCUCGACAGCUACCUAUCGACGCGCUUAGAGGAGCUCGCGGCAAUCCCAGCGUCGAGCGAAUGGGCUGUAUUCAGGAACACCGGCCUAGCGCAAGCUCUGGACAAUUUCCUCUCUGCUCCCGAUCAAGUUGGCCGCACGUUGCUCCACGGAGACGUCAAGGCUGCCAAUCUCGCUUUCAAGCACCCCAAAGAUGCAGCUCAGGAUCCGUCAGGUGGCGUGCUCGCAUACGAUUUCCAGUACACAGGUUUCUCCUUGGGCGUGACGGAUCUGGCAAAAUUCCUGCAGUCCUCCGUGCCGAGCGAACUGCUCUCACCGGACAACGAGGAGAGGGUCUUGCGCAAGUACCACGAACUGCGGGGUGGGGAAGCUUGGCUACGUUGGCAAUUGUUCUGGGAGCAGUGGGAGGUGGCCAUCCUGGAUUGGGCACGGUUCAUGGCGGGUUGGGGCUGGUGGGGGAACGAGAGAUGGCUGAAACAGCGUGCCCGCGAUCUGCUGCGCCGACCCGGCUGGCAGGCAGCCUUCUUGAACAAGUGGGCAUCUUGA